UUUGACCUCAGUGCCAUGAAGUUCCACAGCAUCUCCUGUCCCCACGGGUGCUCCGAGGCUGUCUUGUCCCUGGACACUGGGUACCGCUCCACGGUGACCUUGGUACAGAAGGGCUGCUGGACAGGCCCGCCUACGGGCCAGAUGCUCGCGGAUGAACACGCGCUGCCGCCUGACUACUCGGUGGUGCGCGGCUGCAUGACGGACUUGUGCAACGCCAACCUCUUGACCCACAACGUCCUCCCCAAUCUGAGCCCGGCACCCAACCCACCAACUCUCAGUGGCAUGGAGUGCUACGCCUGCUUGGGGAUCCACCCGGAGGAUUGCACCCUGGGAAAGUCCCGACGGGUCCAGUGUCACCAGGACCAAAGCGUCUGCUUCCAGGGCAAUGGCCAAAUGACUGUUGGCAAUCUCUCAGUUCCCGUCUACAUCAGGACCUGCCACCGGCCCUCCUGCACCGUCAAGGGCACCUCCAGCCCCUGGACUAACAUUGACCUCCAGGGCUCCUGCUGCGAGGGGCAACUCUGCAACAGGGACUCCGUGACCCAGCCCUUCACCACCUCGGCCGCCACCCCUUCCCAGGCGCCCCACAGCAUGGCCCUGCUCCUCCUGGUCCCCCUGCUGGCUGGCGCUCUGGGAGGCCCCUUUGCGCCCUCCUCCUAGAAGCCCCCCCAGCUGUGUCAUGAGCAGGAUGCUGGGGGCAGGCACGGACCCACCACUCCCAACUUCACACAACCUCAGCCUCCUAAAGUGGCUCCUGGGGGAAAUGAUGUCUAACAACGCUUGCCCUCCUGUCUCGCCCCCUCCUCCCUCCCUUCCCUACCCCUACCCUGCCCUUAUCUGAUCAGCAGGCCUGGAAGAAAUUGGGAAAGGUCCCCACCAUCCCAGGGUGGGGAGAAACAGCCACAUCCUGGCCCAGAUGAAGAGCAAUCUUAAGAAUAGCCAUUCCUGGGCGCCAGUCAGGGCUGGGCACCCCACCACCGGCUCACCUUCCUGCCCCUCCGGAGCCAGCCUGGA